AGGAGACGUGUGCUGCACAGGGGAGGGCGUUGGUCACCCGGCCGUAUCCAGGCGGAGUCCGACGCAGACGGAAAAGGCGUGGCUUAAGCUUGGGUAGAACGGGGAGCACUUUCCCACACGACGUCUUCCCUUCCAAUCCAUUCUGUCCUAAUGCCACCACAAGACGGCCCUCCUCCUCCUUCUCCCUACCCGCGUGAAGGUGCCGCGCCUUCGCCCUCGGCCAAGGGCAAGGGAAAAGCCUCCGAUCCUCCCGCUGCGUCGGCGAGUGACCAAGGGAGCGCACCCGCUAAACAAUCCUCCUUACUUCGAUCGGCGCUAGGGCACUCCGCCGAUCUCUCCUCAUCGCUGUCAAACAUCCUCACUUCCAACGGCAAAGGAGUUGCCGCUCAACCUCAAUCGGGAGGCUCGGCCGGGGACCCUUCCCUCCUAGCAGAAGCCUCGACUUCGACGCCCUCGUCAGCAGCUUCGCGCAGCGGAACAGGACCUCGACAAGGUUUCCGCACUACGGCGUCCACCGCGUCUACCCCGCACUUUGCCUUGCCAGCUUCGUCCUCGUCGUACCCGAGUGUUGCAAACUUUAAUGCGACUAGCCCAUCGGCGGCCGAGUAUGGAUCCUUUGAAGCCCUGAAUCGAGGCCUCCACGAUGUCGUCAGGAGACAAUCCCUCGGCGCCUCCUCUCGCCUGUCCCGCACGGGACAACACGCUGAAAGAGGGGAGAGACAAUCGUCGCACGAUCGCGACACGCAGGGGCUGGGCAGCGGUCUGGAUCGCCAAGAGGACCCAAGCACAGAGGACCUGCUAGACCCAGCCUACCACGAGGCAUGGGCUAGCUCCAUCCCCAUGCCAAGUGUCGUCUCUUCUGAUCCGAGAACUGCAGAGUAUGCAGAGCAGGAGGCCGAUCUCGUGCAUGCAUGGGAAAAGGCCCUGCGCCCCGCACCGGACCUGGUACCUGACUUCUCUACCUCUGCAAAUGCUACGAGUGCGUGGCCUCCAUCAGAUGGGCGGCCAGCUCCAGGCGCGCCUAGAACCGCAGAACAGGGCGGGUUCAUGGACCUCUUAGCGGCGGAGGAAGCAGGCACGGCCGAGGAGGACCGCCGACAGGCGACUGGCUCUGACGUCCGCAAUGAAUCGCAACUGCAGGAUGGGUUUGAAGGGCAGACUAGGAGCAAAGCGGUCGAGGAGGCCGCGGCGUAUCAGCCUGCACCGGAACCAUUGCACGCUAUCCAGUCUACCGAUCCGCGCGAGGCUCUCUCCUUCCUGCUUGGUCCUUCGACCUCCUCCUCCUCCCACUCUCGCUCCACCGCGUCGAGAGUCGACGACGGACAGGAUAGCAAGGCGAAAAUGCGCGAUGAGCUAGCAGACCUCAAGAGGCGUCUAGAGGAGGCCGAAGGAGCGGACACGGUAAGAGGAGCAUCAGGCACAGGGGGAGCUGCUGCUCCCAUGCCUACGAGCGGUCUAGAUCGGACAGCUCGACGGAUCCAGCGUCGAGUCCAGCUAGCGCGCAUCGAGUACGACAUUUCGAUUCUGGAGGGGCGCAUGGGCCAUGGCUAUGGGUAUCACGAGGAGAUCAAUGCACCGUAUGCCGCUGCUGCGUAUGCCAGCCCGCCUGAUUUGACGCAAGUGGUGGAUGAGGGAGGGGAGGGUGAGGAAGAGAUGGAUACGGAGAGUGAGAUGGAUCAGAGGCGGAGGAGGGCGAUUGAGCGAUUGGAGAGUCUGAGGAGACAUUUAGAUGCGAAGCUGUAGAGGGGGUGGUCGGUCAUGAGAUAGAUGCCUCUCCGAACUAGACUAGACAAGAUUCAACUAAUGAGCAGCAGACAUAGCGAAUGUGACGUGACAAGGCAGUGAAUGGCAAGGCAUUCGUAUUUUGGGGGAAUGGUUUGAACUGAUGUUACAAUGGGUCAUCACAACAACCCAUGAUCACGAGCCAUGGACGCUCUGACCACCAGCAACGUGCACCAGAGCAAGUUCGACAUCGAAGCAGAGGGUAGAGAGGUCUGGUGGUAUGGUCCGAAGCGGACUGAAAGUCCCUGUCCCGACCAACUUUCUCUCCCACCUCUAUCUCUCUACCGAUCCAUCACUACCACCUCGCUUCCCUUUCUCCCUCAGGUGAAGAAGCUAGCGAAACAAAGCAGCCUUCACGGUGCGAUGCGAUGCGCUUAUUCCUCCUCCU